AUGGGUCUUCCAUCACCAAGCUUCUCCUUUUACCUUCCAUCUGUUUAUGAUGGCAAUAAGCUCGAAUGUCGCGUUUAUCUCCCGCCCGCGCUUCAAAAUAUACAAUCAAAAAUAACCUGGCCCAACCGCGGUGCCAUUGUCGCGCAUCCAUACGCAACUCUAGGAGGAUGCUACGAUGACCCAGUUGUUAGUUUUAUCGGUAGUGAGCUUCUACAAGCCGGCUGCAUCGUGGGGACCUUCAACUUUCGUGGAGCUGGUGACUCUGAAGGACGAACAAGCUGGACUGCAAAGCCCGAGCUUGGUGAUUAUGUGUCAUUCUACGGGUUCAUGUUGCAAUAUCUGCACUCCCUCGAGCUUGCAUUAGGCCCGAGAGACCAAGUAGACCCUCGCAGAGUUACAGGCGCAAACCAAAAUAGCCCAGAUGUCCGUCUGAUUCUUGGUGGUUAUUCAUAUGGGUCUUUAAUUGCCUCACAUGUACCGACCCUGGAUUCUAUGCUCGACCUUUUCCAACCCGUGCCCACAACAGCCUCUACAAACAAAACAACGCCGUUACACGAGAUUAGGAGUACAGCAAAACGGAUAGCUGCGCUGUCCCUGGAACAACUUCAAAAGAGUCACAGUCUGACCGAUGUCCCAGACCUCUGUGCAUUGACGACAUCCAUCUCCUAUCUCCUCGUGUCUCCGCUAUUGCCCCCGAUUAGUCAAUUCAUAACUCUAUUCUCGAACUUAUCGCUAAAUUUGAAAACGGAGGCCUCCGGAGGCCCCCACAUCCCCUGCCCGCGUCCAGCAGACCAGCAGAGCACGCACCACACCCUGGCGCUGUUUGGUGACCAGGAUACCUUUACAUCUGCUGGGAAACUGCAGAGGUGGUCAGACGAGAUGGUGCACAUACCACGCAGUCAGUUCCAGUUUAGGAUGAUUGAUGGCGCUGGCCACUUCUGGCGCGAGAAUGGGGCUGAGGCGAGAGCAAGACAUGCGCUGAAGGAAUGGCUCUGUCAGAUAUAA